AUGGCUACCGCUCUGCUAGGGUACGGGGACCGAGACAACAUCGAGUACUCUUGCGGAGGAUCCCUUAUUUCACCCAGUUUUGUCCUCACGGCCGCCCACUGCGCACGUUUGGCCGCGCUUCCAGUGAGAUGGGCCUUGUUGGGAGCCACAAACCGGACUAGUGAGAAGCCGAAAGUGAACGACACCCACCAGCUCAUUGAGAUUGCGGCGGUGAUAGUCCACCCCGAGUACGUCGCAUCCCUGAAAUACCACGACAUUGCGUUGCUGCGUCUCUCGCGCCCUGCAGUGGUAAACCAGGACGACGUGCGGCCUGCCUGCCUUCACACGGACGUGGACGAGGACGUCACCGGCAGCGAGGCAGUCGCCACUGGGUGGGGUGCCACAGAUUUCGGUGGCGAAGGAAGUGAAACUUUGAUAAAAGUUAACUUAACUGUGCGUGAUCUUGCACACUGUAAAGCAAACUUGGAGUUGAACCCGAAACAGCUGCCCCGAGGGCUGAUAGGAUCACAGCUUUGUGCGGGAGGUGGCUCGCAUGGACGGGACACGUGCCAGGGUGACUCUGGAGGCCCCCUUCAGAUCCGUGCCGAUCCAAGACAUACUACAACCUGUAUCUACCGUAUCGUCGGAGUUGUUUCCUUUGGUCCUCCAUGCGGAUUGGGCAAACCCGCAAUCUACACGAGGGUUUCUGCCUACGUUCAGUGGAUAGAGAGCAUCGUGUGGCCCACGCGGGAAGACGGAUGUUUCAAAGCAACGUCGCUCAGAGGUGACGGAAUAUCCGUGCCGUAUAGUGGUCCUGGAACGGUUGCCAGAGGCAUGUGCCGAAUUUACCACAUCGAUUUCUGCCCCAACUAUUCUCCACAUAUCCAACAAGCGAAACCGGAUCUGACUAGGGACACUUCCUGUCAUCACUUCAAACCAAGCCCAGCCAGGGACAUGAGGAAACGUCACACAACGGUGACGAUGCAGUACGGCAGCUCCACGUACAACAUUCAACUCACGUGUGCCGGUGCACUCGUAUCCCCAAACGCUGUUCUCACCGCUGGCCGCUGCAGCUCUCUAGGAUGUCUGCCACUUACUAAAGUUGUGGUUGGGUUCCCCAGCGAUUGCACUGGUGAAUGGAUCAUGGACGUGGAGUCCGUGCACGUGCACCCUAACUACAAAGCGGGUCAGGGCUACGACGACCUUGCUGUCGUCAUUCUGCGACAGUCCAUUGAUCUGCGGGACUUCCUUCCGCUGUGCCUCAACACGCCGGCGCUGGGGCUAGUGGCGCCCGGGACCCAGGCUCUAGCAUCGGGAUGGAACAUCCAGCGAAGCUGGGAAGACGCACAUUUCGAUCUGCCGCUGACGAAUCUGACCAUAUCCAAGCCUGGUGACUGCGCCGAUGCCCUUCUUCGUCACGACGUGAUCCGGGCAGCCCUGCCGAGGGGGCUUCUGCCGUCGCAGCUCUGCGCUGGAGGUCUCUGCAGUAAUGACUCGUAUUCGGGUGACCCUGGUGUCCCACUGACGGUGAGGGACUACACACUCGUCACGCCCUUCGACGAACAGCACCACGUCGAUCGCGUGCUUGGAGUGGCGUCUUCACUUUCCUACUGCACUGCAAGGACGCAGAGCGGCAAUAGCCUGCCUGACCUCUUCACGAACGUCCUCAACUUUUUGCCUUGGAUCGAGAGCGUCGUGUGGCCCAAUCAGGCGUAGUGGGAUCGGAAUCAUCCGUGGAAACAGGAAUCAGAAUAUGAAUCCUCACUUGUAUCGGAUAUGGACUUGAAAUCGACCCAGGCGCUCCAAGGCCUGCGGAGACGGUCUUUAUAAAGACUGACGCUUUUUUAGGUCCAGAGUCGCUGUACAGGACUCGGAUGGAACGUGUGACCCCCACUAAUGGGUUUUUACUCGAACGGGGAAUCCAUUGGUGGAGUAACACGUUUGGUUCAAGUCCUGUACGGCCACCCAGGAGCUCAAAAACGUGUUUAGAAUAAUGACCACCUCUACCGAUAUUCUGGGCCAAGGUACACCCUGGCCGGUGAUGUCUUUGUGCACUCGUGCGGCUAUUUCCCGUACGAUUUAGGCGUUAAUAUAAAUUGGGAUGGGCACACUGCAAGAAAAAGUGUGAACAGUACUACAAAAGUACAACAAAAACUGUACAAUAAAAGUACAACAGGGAUUGUAGAAUGUACAACGAGAAUUCACAAACCACAACGAGGCCUGGACUACACAGCACUCCUCAUGCCGGUUCCAUUGUACUUUUUGUACUUUGCAAGUACAAUAAAUUCCUGAUAAAAUAUUUGCCAGAAAUUUGUGUACUUAUGUUGCGGUUUUUUCUUGCAGUGCAAGUGCUUUGCGAUUAUAAGUCAUUGGAUCUGGCGUUUCUGCACUGUGAGAUUUAAAAAAAAAUUAUUUAAGGGGUAUGACAAAGGAAUCAAUGUUUUAGGAGACAUUGUUCAUUGAGUUGUGUCGCCAAGCAUACACUGUAAAAAUUAAUAUCCGGAAUAAACGACGGAUCCUUCGGCAAAAAAAUUGCCAACGAUUCCUUCGUUAAUUUACGAAGCUCUUCGUAUAUUUACAAAAACCUUCGUUAAUUUUUUGAAAGAUCUCUGCCGAUUUUACAAUCACAAUGGAAAUUUAUGAAGCACCUUCGUAAAUCUACAAAGAUCCUUCGUAAAUUUACAGGGAACCUUCGUUUAUAAACAAAGAACCUUCGUUAAUAUACAGAGAUUCUUCGUAAUUAUAC